AUGUCGAUUUUUUUUUGGGUGGCGAGCUGGUAUGGGUACGGUACCUACGGCAAGGGCAAAUUUUCGCUUUCGACGCUUUACUAUAACUGCUACGCUACGGACACGGCGUCUGUUCCCACUGAGCCAAACAACCAAAAAGUAUAUACCGUAUGGGCGCAAGGCACACCUUACCCCAUAAUCCUCCCAAAGCGCCGAGGCAGCGCCAUGGCCUGA